AUGGCUGAAUUAUUCCAGCAAACGUUUUGUAUUGAUUAUAAUGGAUGGGUUACGGGAGUUUCAAAGGCUCCGCCUCCAAAACAAAUUGAUUUCGAUUCCCAAACUAUUCCACAGUUGAUCUAUACAAAAGCUGAAAUGGAUAGAGUAGCAGCAGUGUUUGAUGCUGAAAAACAGUCGCUGACAUUUUCGAAAAUAGUCAGUGAAAUGGAAUCUCUGGCUGCUGGAUUUCUGUCAAUUGGGUUGAAACAAGGAGAUCGAGUACUUGUAGCAGGAAGUAAUCACUCACAGGUAAUGCUGUGUGCUCUUGCCUGUUCUCGUGCUGGACUCGUUUUCUCAUUGGCUAAUCCAAACUACUCGAACAGCUACUCUCUGAAACGAGCUCUGGAAUUGGGUGAAUUCCAAUGCAUUGUGUGCUUCCGAGCCCAUCAAUUUGAGGCAGAUCACUUGAAUAAUUUACUUUUGGAAAUCUCUCCAGAACUGAUGAGAUCCAGAAAAGGUCAACUGAAAAGUGAAUUAUUGCCGAAAUUGACACAUGUUAUUUUGGCGGAAGAAGAGCAUAAACACGCAGGGACAUUCACCUUGUCGGAAGUGUUUCUCAAAUCAUCAAAAGAUAAAAUCGCAAAACUUCCUGAUUUUUCAAAAUGGUCCAGUCAUAAGCUCGCUUGUUUGCAGUUCACUUUGGGAACAACUGGAGCACCGAAACUAAUUGCACUUUCUCAUUAUCAAAUGCUCAAUGGAGCAAGAGCUGUGGCUGCUGCAUUUGGAAUUAAUGAUAAGCACGUGCUUGCCUGUGCUCUCCCAAUAUUCCGAAUCGCCAUCUUCAAUUUGAUUUGUCUGUCUCCAUUCCUCACUGAAUGUAGAAUCGUUUUCCCAGAUGCAACUCCACUUCCAAAGAAUUUAUUCUCAAGUGUCAGUAAAUAUAAAUGUACAACUCUUCUCUCAAAUGGAGCUGCUCUUCGACUUCUUCUCAAAAUAAGUCAAACUCAAAGAGUCGGUUAUCUCCUAACUGAAACCGGUUCAAUUCCUCUAAUGGGAGAUCAAAACUCAGAUUUCACUCGAAAUGUUGGAAAGCCAAUUGCUGGAUAUGAGGCGCAUUUGAUUCCAUUAGACGGGAGUGAGAAUCAAGUUGAGACUGGAAAACUUGGUAAAUUAUUGAUUCGAGUAUACUAUGGAUCCACGUUUAUGGGAUACGCACCGGACACGAAAGGAAAAGAAAAAUGGGUGGAUACUGGCGAUAUCGCCCGAAUGGAUGAAAACGGAGCGAUCGAAGUGGUGGCAAGUGAGGAAGAUUUGAUUUACGACAAGAAUAAUUGUCUUGUGGAACACUGGAAUCUGGAACGUCUUCUGAAUCAAAAUGAUUUGAUUAAAGGGGUUCAAGUGGUGUCACGUGGCAGAGGACAACCAGUUACAGCUGUUUGUGUUGCAAGAAGUACGCAAUUUCAUGCAGCGAAACUGAAGGAUGAAUUGAAGAGUAUGUGCAGAUCACAUCAUUUCGUCGCUCCUGACGUGUUCGCUUUUGUUGAUGACUUCCCGAGAGUUCACACCAAAAUUCAAAAGUUCCGGAUUCGUGCAAUGCUGGAGAGUGGUCAAAUUUCUGUUUUCUAA